AUGCAGCUGACUCGGAAUCGAAACAGAAGCACCUGGUUAGCGGAGCAAUGCCUUCACUCAGAGAAGUUUAUGAAGAUGGCUUGGAUUUCAUCGAGUUCUUGGGGGAAAGAAAAUCCAAAACGGACAAAAACGAGCUUCGAAACAUUUACAACUUAGAGUUCAAAAGGGAAGGAGGACCUAAUUUUUCUAGGUUGGUCUAUGCCUUGUGGUUUUUCAACCAAGCCAGUAAAAGGCAAGGAAAAGUUAUCUUACAUGCAAGACCUCAGGUACGUCUGUACUACUGUGACCAGUGGAAGUCCAGGGCACACUCAAAGCCUACUGAAAGUGCGAGACCUGAUAAUGAAGACAGCACAGUUCCAGACUUUAGGCAAGGUGUCCCACACCCAUCACCCAGCGUCAACCCCGUCCUCACGCCAAAGAGACGGCUGGCUCAGGAAAUCCUUCAAAAACUCAAAACAAACAGACCACAGCUUAUCUCUGACAAGAGAGGCAUCGAGAUUAUAUCUUCCCCUGGGAGCAGAAAUGGAAAAGUUGUGCUCAAUAUUGAUCUUCUAGAUACAGUGUAUGUGGUGAAGUUCCAAAUCGUAAAUAAGGGGCAGAAGUGCAUUUACUUUACCUUCUACACAGCGCUGCACAGGAUAUGCUGCUUCACUUUAGACUGUGAGAGGAGAGUGAGCAGGGUUUCCCCUCUGCUCCUUUGUCCAGGUGAGAGCUGUGCAGUUGAGGUGAAGUACCAAGCUCGCCACUAUGGCUACUUCCCAGCCACUAUGUACUUUGAGUUCUGUCGCGAGUCCGAGUCCUCAGACCCUCCCAAACCUUUCUGCAUUGUGCGGGAAAUCGAGGCAGUGGUUCACACUCAGGUGGGCACUGACCUGGGCCCAACGAGUCCAUAUAGAGCCAAAAAGAAAGGGCAGAAACGCCCUAAGGACAGAGUGGUGGAGGAGGGUGUGCCUCCUGAGAGCCGCGUGACACAUGCUUUGAAACAGAAUGUGAAACUAUCAGACUACAGGUAUUCAGCUUACCUGAAGAACUUGGUCCAGCACUGGGGCAAUGAUACUGAGAAACUUUCCCCUACAGCCAGGCAGCAGCUUCUCAGAGUGAGAGGUGUGUUGGAGUCACCCCUGUCUAUAAAGCAGUACGCCGAACGUUUUCAUCUUGUUCUACACCUAGAGGAGAUUCAAAUGGAAGAGGAUAUAACGAAAUAUGAUAUGUAUGGCCAGACCAUGAAACAGGACAAAACUCACAAAAACCUGCUUGUACUGCAUGUACCUGGAGUGGCAGAGAACAGGCCAUCUGUGCUAAGAGGAGAUAGCUUGAAUGUGUAUUUGUCUGAAAAUAAGACACAACCUAUCACCAUGUAUAAAGGCUAUGUUCAUCGUGUAGAGCUGGAAAGUGUAAAGCUGGGCUUUUCUAAAAACCUUGUACAGAAGUUCAUUGCCAAUAUGAAGUUCAAUGUGGAGUUCAGCUUCAAUCGUUUCCCAAUUAAACUCCAACAUCGAGCUGUGCAGCUGGCUGAUAAACACAAGCUGGGAGACGUGCUGUUUCCCACUCACAAUGGAGUCAAGCAGGCAGAAUUGCCAAAGCUAAGGAUGUACAACCGAGAUCUGGAGACCAACCCUGAGCAGAAGGCGGCUGUGCAGCACAUAUUGUCUGGCCAGUAUAAACCAGCCCCCUACCUGGUCUUUGGCCCACCUGGCACAGGAAAAACUGUUACUCUGGUGGAGGCCAUAAAACAGGUGAAUAAAUCUGGUGCUGGUGUCCAUGUUCUGGCCUGCGCUCCUUCUAAUAGUGCAUGCGAUUUGCUGUGUGAGAGGUUGCUGGGAUUCGUGGAUGGCCAUCGUCUGUUUCGUCUCUAUGCCACCAGCAGAGACCCCCGUGCUGUUCCUCCGAAACUACUGAAACACAGUAACUGGGUUGAAAGACAGGACGCAUUCGUUUUGCCUUCUGAAGACAGUCUGAUGGACUACACUGUCAUUGUGGUCACGCUCAUCACUGCUGGAAGGCUUGUGUCUGGGGGCAUCCCAAUGGGUCACUUCACACACAUCUUCAUAGAUGAGGCAGGACAAGCUGUGGAACCUGAAUGUGUUGUCGGAAUUGCAGGUCUUCUUCAUCCCGAAAAGGGCCAACUGGUUUUGGCUGGAGACCCUAAGCAGCUUGGCCCUAUCCUUAGAUCUCCACUGGCACAACAACACGGACUGGGGCUUUCACUGUUGGAGAGACUGAUGACCCAAAACUCCCUCUAUCAGAAGAUCCAAGAUGACCACCAGGGUUAUAACAAUCACUUUGUCACCAAGUUACUACGUAACUAUAGGUCUCAUCCUGCCAUUCUAAAAAUCCCUAAUGAACUUUUCUAUGAAAAUGAGCUGCAAGUAUUUGCAAAUCAGAUGGAGCGAGAGGCCUUUUGCCAGUGGGAGCACCUUCCGAAACAGGGUUUCCCAGUGAUAUUCCAUGGGGUGAUGGGAAAGGAUGAGAGAGAAGCAAACAGUCCAUCCUUUUUCAAUGUGAGUGAAAUAGAGGUCCUCAUCAGUUACCUCAAAAAGCUCCAGACAAGUCAGGGGAAGAAGGGUCUGCCCAAACUCAGUGCCAAUGAUAUUGGCAUCAUUGCUCCCUACAGGAAGCAAGUGGAGAAAAUGCAGAAAGCUCUCAAAACAGUAAGAGAACUACAUCAGUGGAAAGACAUUAAGGUGGGCUCAGUGGAGGAGUUCCAGGGGCAGGAGAAAAUGGUGAUCAUGGUGUCUGCUGUCAGAAGCAGCAACAGCUAUGUUAAGAUGGACCAAGACUUUAACAUUGGAUUCCUCACAAAUGAGAAGAGGUUUAAUGUAGCCAUGACCAGAGCCAAAGCCUUGCUGAUUGUGGUAGGAAACCCUGUCAUCCUGAGCAAGAAUCCCACUUGGCAGAGGUUUCUUCAGUACUGUGAGCAAGAGCAGGGCUACACUGGAUUUGACUACAGGGAUUUUGAGGGGGAGGAUGAUGUCGUGACUCGGCUGGCAUCUUUAAAAAUCCACACCUCCGCUGAUGAUAUAGAAGAGAGUGCAGUGCAACAGCAUGUGCAUCCAGAGUGGAGGAGUGAACAGUAAAAAUUUCUACAGAUCAACAGUCAGCCAUGUGGUCAAUGAGAAACUGAACGCCGGCCGUUGCAGCACCUUCCACAACUGCCGUGACAAUAAAUUGAGGAGAGAAACUUUCAAUUGUUUUAUAACAGUACUACUGGAAACAUUUCUUCAUGCUUUUAUGUGAAAUACUUUCACAUUAUUUUCCUAUUAGAUUACACCUUUCCUAUUUCAACUAAGAUACCAUGAAUUUAAAAUAGUCACAGAUCACGUUCCAAGUUUAAACAGUAAAUUGAACAAGCACUUAGUAAAAUCAUUUCUAUGCUUCUUGCUUCCUGAACAAUAUCUUUAUAUGGCUCUAGCCUGUUAACUGUUCUU